UGAUUGGUAGUGCAGUUGUUUUUAUUAUGAAAUUCAAUCCCACGAUUAAUAAACAUUUUAAUAAAAACUAAUAAAAUUAAUGCAAUAUUAUCAUAAAAAUUCAAGGAUUCAUGAUGUGGGCUUCCAGCAUGGUUGCUAAAGUGAGGAAGCUCAUCAAAGAAGUUGCUUAGAAAUGAGUAGGAAUGUGUGAAGAUGGCGCAGAGCCUCUUGACUCAGCGUGGUGUGGAGUACGGCUCCACGAUGCGGACACUCCAGGCGACUAAAAAGCAUCUAUCAAAGAAAUGGCGCUCCAGGAGCUGUAGCGAGUCAAGCAGUGAUGAAAGCUACAGCAGUACCAGUGACUCGGAGGUGGAAUCAAGCCAGAGUUCUGCAACAGCUGAGAGAGAAUUCUCGAUUGUCAAGGAGAGCAACUUUGCCAAUGGUCCUCUCAAGUUGAAGAUAGCUGCUCGAAGGGUGAAGAAAGAUGUGGGAAAUAGUGCAUAUGAUCAGGAGGACGAUUCCAUUGAUUCGCCUCCUUUGGAGAGCGAUUCUGAACAAGUACCUGUUGUUGGCACAAGUGCAGCACGAGUUGUGACAUGUGUGGGAGAAUCAAAUAACAGAAAACAGCACUGUAAAAGGAAAAUAGAAAAGAAACGAUGCCUCCAGACUAAAGAUCCUAGAGUUUCUUGUGGUGGACAGUACUCUGCUUGUAAAGGUCCCAGGGCAUCUCGUCGCUGCAGUACAAGUGGUAGUUCUAGUUCUUCCAGUUCAAGCAGCAGUUCUACUGGCUCCUCUGGUAGCAGCAGUAGUGGUAGUAGCAGCGGGAGUAGUACGAGCUGCAGUAGUAGUGGAAGUAGUUCCAGUGGCUCCAGCAGUUCAUCGGGCAGCUCAAGCAGCAGCAGUAGCUCCAGCUGCAGUUCUUCUGAAAGUGAGAGCUGCUGCAGCAUUUCCAAAUAUGGCCAUUGCCGAAGGAGGAAGAGUACUAAAUUGAGGAAGGCGUCCACCAAGUGCCAAUUAAAUUGUAAGACAUCUCGUGAAUGCUCUGAGUCGUCCAGAGACUCUUUUUCUAAUUCAGGCCUGCCAUCGGAGAAAUCGAGCAUGAGCAAAAGAGUAAUUGGUGACUGUGCCCGCAAUAAAAAGUUGCAGGUUGGAGAAAUUGACUAUUUUACCAUCUCAUCCUCUGAUGAAACUGCAUCCAUAGAGGCUGAUAAAAAUAACAGCCUCCAGGAAUGUUUCAGCAUGUGGAGAAAGGUGGAGGAAGAACAUUGCGCUAUCAUUGAGGACAGUGUGUUUAAAAAUGAGAGUAGCUCGGACUUACACAUGCAAGUUUUGAGUGUUACUAACGCAGAAGUGGAGUGCAACAUCAAUAUCCCAAGCAAAGUUGGACUACAUGAUGAGAAGCAUUUAGUUGUUGUAAAUAAUGAAAAUUGUAAAAAUCAAAACAAUGUAGAAUGUAACUUUAAUUUUUUGUGCAUGGAUCAAGUGCCAUCACAACAUAUUGUGCCUAGCACAAGUCUGGACUUGGAUGCAUUACCCAGCUCUUUGUCUAAUGUGUCACCAGAUAGUGGUAUUCAGUCAUCAGGCGAUUCUCCUCUUAGGAUAGAGUGUGAAUUGCCGCCACCAACUUCACAAAAUCUCUCAACUGAUAAUCAAACUUCGGCCAGUAUCAUGCCAUCUGAUUAUUUUAAUAGGACUGAUGUGUCAGAAACAUCUCGGUUACAUGAAACUCAUACUAAACAUGUGCCCCCCACCCCUUCACCUCCAGUUUUGACACCGCCUGAACCAUUAUGGACAAGUAAUGAUUCCCAACCCCACACAGAAAAACGAAAAAGUUCAGAUGACCAUCCUGCUCCUCUUUUGGUGCAAGAAGAUGUGCAAAGAAAGUUUAAAACUUCCAUUGGCACCAAAGUGGAGUCUAUGCUGUCAGAUUAUAAAAGAAUGGAAUUUAAUAGCACAAAGGAAUUGAUAGCUGAUGCAAUGACUAACACUGUUAACAUGGGAAGCAACCAUAAAAUGAACCCUUUGUCAUUAAAUGCAAGCGUUUCUGAGUUUUCUAAUGAUGACAAAAUUUCCAGUUGUGAUUCUUUUUCACAGAGUUCAUUGCAUAUGAUGUUUACCGAGCAACCAAUAGUUGGACAAAAAACAGAAUCUGCUGUUUUCCCCUUGAAUCCUACACCAUCCAUAUUACCAUCAUCUGAAACCAGACGUCGCCGAAACAGAUUUGUGAGGCGCAACACCGACACCAAUUCCAAAGCUGACAAUGAAUUGCAGCUUCUUGUUCAAAGUGUUCAAGAUUCCAUCAGUUCUCAGUUUCAAGGUGUGGAAUCUGAUGAACUGAGUGAUGUGGAUGUGAAUAGCAUUCCUGUCACAGCUCUGACAUGUGACACCACAAGUGAUAGCUUCUGUGAUAAACUCUCAAACGAAGACAAUAUUGAUAUGCUUCUGGAUGAUAGAACAUGCAUGCAGGAGGAUCAAAAGCUUAAUAAAACUAUAGAUUCUGCCAAAGAUGUUGUCUGUUGCAAUGACCAGUACGUUGCAAAAGACGAGAAACAAAUUGUACUUUCGGAUUCUGGUAGUACAAAAAAUUCUGACGAAGAUUCUUCAUAUCUUACUAAUGCCCAUGCCAUACAGCAGCUUAAUUCUGAAUUAUAUGAUUCAAAUAGUAUCUCCUCUGUUAAAAACUGUGAGGAAAAUGAGGCAGAUAAAACCACUUCUGAUAUUCAUAUAAAUUCUCCCGAAGCCUUAAAACCAAGAGACACAGAAUCAGAUUCUGAGUUAUUACCUGUACCUGAAAAAGUCUCUGAAGUACCCAUUGCUCAUUCUCCUAGUACUCAGUGCAAUAAUAAUGAAUCAGAAGUACCAGAUAAAAUUCCUGAGGAGGUUUAUAAAGAUCUCGAGAAAAGUGGCCAAAAUUACAAAUAUGAUUUAUUUACUGAAAAUGAGAAUGAAAAAUUUCAAACCGAUGAUAACAUUGAGCCUGUUGUCAGUGAGCCAAGAGAGAAAGUGAAAGAAAGUAAAAGGAAGUCUGGAAAAAGAGGAAGACGUAAAACAAAAGUUAAAAAUUGUAGGUCAUUAAAUGAAGAAGCCAAUAUUAAAAUAGAAGCCAGUAAAUCAUUAAAUGAAGAAACCAAUAUUGAGGAAAAUACCAUUAUACCUACUUCUCCAGCAGUUACUGCAGUGAAGAAGCAAGCACAUCAAAGUGUCAUGGCUGAAUCUGAUUGUGUUUCUUCUGUCUUUGAAGAGAUUAGCUGUGGAAAGACUGUGAGUAAGAAGAGUGCUUCAGAAGUUGCAAAGAAUAUUGCCUCAAAAAACUACAGUAUAAGUGAAAAUAUCCAGGAUUAUGAAGAACUUCUUGAAAUACCUGUGAUUGUGACAGAUGAUAAGGAUGUACCAGAUACUGUGAAUGAUGAGGAAACACUCAUUAAACAACCAGAACCACCUGUAGAUAUGAACCGUUCUAAAUCUCCAAACCUUUCACCAAAAACCUCAUCUCAAAAAGCUCAAAGAAGCUCAAAGAGAAACAGUACUCCAAAAUCUUCAAAAAAGAAAAGCAGCAAAAAGGCAAAACAGAAUUCUACUCUUGAAUCCAAGUCCAAUGAAGCUAAGGUUGAAAAAAUAAAGGAAGUUAAGGACAUAGAUAUGAUGUUCAAUGAUGGAACUGAUAAAAACAAAGUUUUAAAUGCUGAGGACUCAUCAAAAAUAUUGAAAGAAGAAACAGGAAAAAAUGACAUCAAUUCCGACCAUACAGUAGUAUAUGAUGAUCUAUCUUCUCAAUCUAGUCAUUUACUCAAAGAGAAAACAUCUCUUCCUGGUUCAUCUGAUAAUGCCAGAAUUGAUAAUCAUUCCUCUAAAGAUGAUUCUUUUCUAACUAAUGAUAUAGAUGAAACAGAUAUGAGUAGUUUUAUUGAAGAAAAGGAAAGAACACCCCCUAAGAGAAGAGGUAGGAAGAGUAAGAAAAAGUCUCCGAGUAAAGAGCAAAACCUUGGUAAUAAAACUAAAACACAAGAGAUUGAAAUUAAUUCUUCAAUAGAGACUGUGACACCUGUAUUAGCUAAUGAUCAAGUAGAAGAAACAAUCUCAGUUGAGUCGGACAAAAUUAAGGAUGCCGAAACUGAUAAAGUAAUAAGUACACAUAGUGAAAAGAAGCAGAAAAAUAAAGUUUCAAAAGCACAAAAUCUAAAUAAUGUAGAAAUGAUAAAUGCACAUAUACCAAAUUUGAAAGUGGAUGACUUAUCAGAACUUGACACUUCUGAAGUGUCUACAAAGAAAGGCAGGCCAGUCAGGAGUAAAGGCAAGAAGGAUUCUAGUUAUAUGAAUGUUGAUGCAAUUAUUGAAGAAGUUGCUAAUUCAAGUGCGCACAAAGGUAAGGAAAUGCGCUCAUCUUCUACUGAAGCAAUAAAAAAAUUAGAUAGUUCUAUUUCUCCGUGUAAUAAAAGUGAAUUAAUUUCAUCGGAAGCAGUUCUUAAAACCCCACCGAAGCGAAAAACCAAAAAACGAAAUUCAGCAUGUGAAGUUGCCAAUAAAAUACUGAAUUCUACAGAAUUAAUAUCGGACGCUUCACCAACCGUGAAGUCGAAGACUCUGGUUUCUAAACAAAAUCAAUCAGUUUGUAAGCAGUCAAAACCCAAAAAGACCAAUAAAGAAACAAGUGAGGUACCCAAUGAAGAACAGCAAUCAGGCUCUACACUUUUGACAACUGUAAACAGUGUUGUAGAAACGUCAUCGCCUGUUACUAAUGUUGCAGAUGUAUCUAAAAAACGAAAAUCUCGUCCUUCAAAAUUGAAAACAGUAACAGAAUCUGAUACUUUGGUAUUGCCAACAGACUAUAAGAAUGGUGAAAGCUUACCCAUAACAACAAAGAAAAGUAAGAAAAAGUCCAUAAGCUUGAAUAAGAAAGAAUUCUCUCUCAAUGAAUCUCCAAACAAGUGUCUGGAGAAGAAUUCAGCAUCAAGUAAGUUAAUUUCUUCUGAAGUAACUUCACCCGAUAAAGAGAAGAGGGGAGAAUCAAAUAAAAAAUCGAACCUCAAAACUGCUGGUGAUUCUUUAUUGAAAAAAGUAUCAGCUAAUAAUGUUCCUUCUUUAGAAUCUGCCGGUAAAUGCUGCAAAGUAUCCAAAUCUCCUAGUAAAAAGUCACCAAAAGACGAUUCACAUUGUAAAAGUAAAAGCAAAAAAAUAAAAGAAGACUUUUCUCAUUCAAAUAAAGUGAAGCAAUACAGCCCGACUGAUAAGUCAUUGAAAACAUCUCCAAAUAGUGAAAAAUUAUCUUAUAUUGAGACCAAAGAAUCUGUUCGUGAAAACUUAAUAGACAACACUCAUUUUCUUCCAAAGUCCAGUAAAAAGGAAGUAAAAAAGACUAAAAUCGAGGAAGAGAAAGAGAACUUUGGAAUCAGAAAGGCUGAUAAAAUGUCUUCUAGCAAGCAAAAGAGCAAGGUAACAAAAGAAGGCAAGUCAUCGUCUGUUAAAGUUCUUGCAGAAGACACCAAAAAAGGCUUAGUUUCUCUUGAUACUUCUGGUGAGAUGGAGCUUCCUCAGCGAGAAUCAGAAAGAGAUGAUGCUUUGUCAUCUCUUUCACAUAAUGAAGAAGCUGCAGAUGCUUACUCCGAUGCUUGUGGAUCCAGUGGUUUGGACAGACAUUCUUCUAUGGAAAUAAAACCUCUUAAGAAGAAAAAGUACUUGAAAGCUAAAUAUGCCGAUGAUCCAAAUUUCAUUGCUGAUUUAGAUGAAUUGGCGAAACUUCUGAGGUCUUGCUAUAUUACCAAGAAACAUGCCAAAUCAAAAGAAUCUAUGAAUGACUUAUUACUGCCUUCUAUUUUUCAACUUCGUCAGUAUAUCAAAGGGAAAAAUGACAAAGUGUCUCGCUUCAUGCAGGCUAUAAAAAACAAAGGGCCGAAAGCCAAAGCACCUGUUGUUAAGAAAAAGCCAAAGAGAUUGUGCAAAGCAAAAGCCACCUCCAAAGCAUUGCCAAAUCAGAAGUCCAAAACUUCUGUAAAUGAAAACUGUCUUCCACUCAAGAAACGUCGAUGUCAUGUUCAAUCAAAUCAAGUUCAAGCUCCAAAACCUGCCAAUCAUGAGGCUCCUGUGCAAAAACAGUCUCUUGUAAAGAGAAUAGCUAAUUCAUUUGAUGAGACAAUCGAAGAAUGUAUCCGUAAGCAUAUGAUGGGUGGUUUAGCACCAAGUGAAAAACCUCCAGUAGUAUCAAGUACAAAAUCAAAAAAUAAAUCGCAAAACAAAUCAAAUAUAGCCAUUGAUCUACUUAACAAAACUUAUGACUCGUAUAAUGAAACUAUAGACAAUUGUGUGAAAAAUUUUGUUCCUAUCUUCGAAGAUGACAAUUUACCAAAGGAUGAUGCCUCUAAGAAGGUUGACGACGAUGCUGAAGAUGUGCCCCUUGCAUCAUUAGUGAAAAACAAAACACUGACAAAACCAGCUCCUAAGAGAAAAGUAACAGAUGCAGUUGUUGCAUACAGGCAAAAACGCAAGCGACUUGUUAAGGAGGCAAUAAUGCAGGCUCAGAAACCAGCUAAAGAGGUAACUUCACCUGAAGUCGUCGUUAAUGGUCAGAAAAAGAAAAGGAGGUUCAAUAAAACUGGGUUUGUUAGGGUUAAAAAGAAAAAAGCUAAGCCUGUUGUUAAUGGAAGUGUUGAAGUUCUUGAUGUGGCACCUGCAACAAAUGGUGAAGUUAUUGAUCUUACAUCAGAGGAUGCUAUGAUGGACUCUAUUGAAAGUGUGGUAAAAGCAGGAAAUGUCGAUUCUGAAUCCUCAAGGUCUAGGAGGAAAAGGAAAAAUGUGGCCCAGAAAUGCGAAAUAGAAGUUCUAGAUUUGACUAGUGGUAAUGAUGACAAUGAUAUCGAAUGUUUGGAUUCUAAAAAGCUAAAGCUUUCUGAUGAAGAAGAUGAAUUAGAACCAAAGUAUCAGCAAAUAAUUCCUGUAACAGAGCCAUCUUCUGGUAGGAGAUCCAUCCCCAGUGAUCCUAGGAAAUCUCGACGCAAAGAAGUACAUUUUCCUAAAAAGAAAUUUCUGAGAGCUGGCCUUUACUCUGCAUUUUACAAGCAAGAUUCCUCUAUUGCCAAAAAGAGUAGCAGUAGCAGCAAAAAGUCAAGAUCAAGAGAAGUAAAAGAAUAUGUUCCUGAAGAUCACGAAUUUGGGUUGAUGCCUCCUCCUAUACAUGUUGGCAGGUACCUUCGAGAGAAACGUUCCGAGUAUAAGUUACCUUUUGACCUAUGGUGGCUGUAUAAGAAUAAACAGCUGGUCUAUAAUGAUGAAUUAGCAAAUAAUUACAAGAAAAUAAGAACAAAUGUCUAUGUGGACAUUAAGCCCGAUUCCAAGAAUGAAGACCAACAUCAACCUUGCAUGUGCAAUCCUCCAAGAGAUAGCAGACGGAAGGGUUGUGGCAUGGAAUGCUUGAACAGAAUGAUGUAUGUUGAGUGCAUACCACAGCUUUGUCCUUGCAAAGAUCUAUGUUCCAACCAGAGAUUUUCUAAGCAUGAGUGGAGUCCUGGGCUGGAACGUUUCAUGACGAAGGAUCGUGGAUGGGGAAUACGUACUACAGAAUUUAUCAGAAGUGGUGAAUUCAUUUUGGAGUAUGUUGGUGAAGUGGUCAGUGACACAGAGUUCCGACAUCGCAUGGCUGAACGUUACCGUAACGAUCAGCAUCACUAUUGUCUGAGUUUGGACUCGGGAACGGUCAUUGAUGGCUACCGCAUGGCCGGUGAAGGCCGAUUUGUGAAUCAUUCAUGUGAACCUAAUUGUGAAAUGCAAAAAUGGUAUGUGAAUGGCCACUAUAGAGUUGGAUUAUUUGCUCUACGUGAUAUUUUCCCAAAUACAGAACUCUGUUAUGAUUACAAUUUCAUUAAUUAUAAUCUUGAAACCCAGCAAUUAUGUCGCUGUGGCAGUUCCAAAUGCCGUGGUUUUAUUGGUGGCCGUUCCCAAAGGCUGAAUGGACAAGCCAAGGAGAAAAUAAGGCAGGUGAAACAGAGUAAGGCCAUUGUAGAUUCGAAGAAGGGUCCUGGAAGGCCAAAGAAGAGGAAAGAUGAAAGACCUGUAGAGAUACAGAAAGAACAUAUCAAAAACGAGUACCUUCCAUAUAAUCGUCAGUCCUUCACCAUUCAGAUGAAGCCUAUGUCUCAUCAACAACGGUGUUAUGUACAAAAGCAUCACUGCUUUCUGCUCAGGAAUUAUGAGAAAGUGAAGAAAGCUAAAGACCAAGCGAGAGUAGCAGCAGAAAAGGAGGCUGAAAGAGAAAAUGAGCUCAACAAUCAAGAUGCAUUUCAUGCUCAAUUCACUGCCUUGAAUACAUCGAGAUCUGUUAAAACAAGAAGAUUAGCAAAUGCUGAGGAGAAUACAGAAUUAGCCAAAACUGCCAAAUUAGCUCAAGUUUUCAAGGAUAUUUUUACUGCAGUUACUUCUUGUAAAGGUGAAGAUGGUGCAACUUUAUCCAGUCCUUUCUUCCAGCUGCCCUCUAAAAGAAAGAAUUCUGAUUAUUAUAACAAGAUCAAGUUUCCUAUAGAUUUUUCUACGAUAGAGAAAAAUAUAAUCACUGGCCAGUAUAAAAGUGUUGAUGCUUUUGAAGAUGAUUUCCUGAGGUUGUUUGAGAAUGCAGAAGAUUAUUAUGGAAGGACUUCUGAUUUGGGCCACAAGAUUUCCCUCCUUCGGAAAGUCUAUGAUGGUGCUAAAACUGAUGCUAUGAUCCUAUUUGAAGACAUUUUGGGGGAUUCAUUUUCAUCAGUGUUUGCCUCAAAAGCUGAUGAGAAUAAAACUGAGGAAGAUGAUGAAGUCAUUCGAUGUAUCUGCAAUAUUUAUAAGGAUGAAGGCUUGAUGAUUCAAUGCGAAAAGUGCUUUGUGUGGCAGCAUUGUGACUGUGUAGGUGUUGAUGGCAAAGUGGAGAAAUAUCUCUGUGAACAGUGCAGUGGUAUUGAAUUAUCAAAGGAAAUUCUUAUGGUUCCCCGUCCUCAUUAUGCCAAUCCUGAGUGCCAAUACUAUUUAACAAUGCUCCUGGGAGACUUACAAAUCAAAAUAGGUGACUGUGUGUACCUUCGUCGAGAUGAUGCACCUCAAGCCACUAGUGAUGGUGUACAGGGUCAGAUUGUAGCCCAAGGUAUGGAGAGCAGUGAUGCAGCUACAAGAGAUAGCCUGCGAAGUAAAAAGAAUCAACUUCUGGAUAUUUUCAGAGUGGAAAGGCUAUGGAAGGAUGACCAAAAUAACAAAUUUGCUUUUGGUCAUCAUUAUUUGCGUCCACAUGAAACUUAUCAUGAGCCAACCAGGAAAUUCUUUUCAAAUGAGGUUUUUCGAGUUCCUCUCUAUGAAAUUAUUUCCUUGGAGUCCGUUGUCAGUCUCUGUUGUGUCCUUGAUCUCUCAACCUAUUGUAAAGGAAGACCAAAGGGUUUUAAGGAAGAGGACACUUAUAUUUGUGAAUAUCGUGUAGAUAAAACUGCUCAUCUUUUUUACAAAAUAUCAAAAAUCAAGUAUCCUGUAUGCACAAAGAAAUAUGCAUUUGAACAUUUUGAAAAACGCCGAAAUCCUAAAAGAACAUUCUUGCCUCAUACUGUUCCUUCUGAGUAUCGCAAGAAAGGAGACAAGGGAACUCUCUCCAACAGGAAAAGCUCAAAAGCUGACGGGAAUCAAAAAGACGAGAAAAGAAAACGAGGAGCCUCCAAAGACAUCGACACACGGUUGGAGGAAAGCCCGGAAAGUCGUGAGCAGAAGAGGACACGGCUGAACGAACUCCUUCUAAAACUCCUGAGUGCCAUGCCCUGCAAACAGACUGUGGACCUUUCCUAUCUUCUGGAAGGUGGGUUAGGGAAGAGAAUUCGCCGGAAGGCCAUUCUGAGCUGAAAACAGUAGUUCGCCUCUGGGCGAACUUUUAAUCUUUUGAGAUCUGACGGUUAUCGUGAUAUGUACAGGCAGUUGGUGAUUUUCUCCAAUGUUUUUAAAUGUAUCACAUCCAUGCCGUUGGCCGGUCGAUCCUCAAAGGUAUGCACUCUCGGUCAGCAAGUCGAAGAGGUGAUGAGAUGUUGCGUUGGACAUCUGCAUGAAGUCUGUGACAAGAGAAUGGGAAAAACAAAAGCAAAGAUUCUUCUCUGCCUGUUUUAACCUAUAGUUUAAAAGUAGAAAUAGUGUGUGGGUUAUAUUUCUAUUGAAAUGCAUGUACUCUAUGUAUUUCAGGUCUGUGAUUUUUUUGCAGAUCUGUUAAGUUAUGAAAAUGUUAUUUUAACUUCAGUUACCUGUUGCCAAAAAAUUUUUUUAACUAUAGUUUGACAAAAGCUAUUAAUGAUAUUUUUUUAAAUUUGUGCAAGUUUGAUUGGAAUUAUUCUUGUAAUAAGUGGCAUUCUUUUAUUAAGACUCUUGUUGGCAGAAAUAUUUUCAAGUAGAAUUUUAUAUAUUUUUAUAUAAAUUUUAACUCAAAAUAUAAAUUACUUAUAAGUGACUUAAUACCUUGUUUGAAUCGAAUUGUCGAAUCGAACAAAAAUGUUUUUUAAUAUUAUUUGUUAGAGAAGCUUUUAGAAAGCUUUUAUUGACAAUAAGCCAUUUAAUUUUGACUGUAAUAGGUACUUAUGUCUGUUGUAAGAGGGUGUGGCUCAUGAUUCCUUUAUUAAUCAUCAAAGUAAAGGUCUUGCUUUACUAGCAGAUUGGAAGAAUCUAUUUAAAAAGCAAGCAGGUGACUUCUUUAUUCAUAUGAAAUUGAUAGCAUCUGGUUCAGGUUUGAAGAAUGAAUAGAUUUCAAAAGUGUAAUAAUGGUUAUGAAAAUUUAUCUGCAGUCUGAACAAAGUUGCAGUAAAUGGGAAGUACCUGCUUUUUUUUUAUAACAGUUUUUUCCUUUAUUAAUUUGAUAAGUUAUUUACAGAGAGGGGGUUUGCAAAUAAGGGGCAAAAUUUUUUUAAAGAAUUCUGAAUAGAGAAGUAUAGUUAUAACUUUUGAAUGCGAAAGUUUACAUUUCUGUUCUUGUAAUUAUGAUGACCAGUUAGUGCUUAUACUCUGCCAUGCAUACCUUAUGGAUCGACAUGCUUUGUAUUGGUGGAAAUGAAGUGGCACUGUUGUAGAUUUUGACCAUCUGGAGGCAUCCAUUCAUCUGCUCGUAACACAAUCAUUGACAUUUCUGUGUUCGUUUCAUGUCUUGUGUUGGAGCAUUUGCCAUCAGUUUCAUGAGUGGUAGUGUUAAAUUAUUCAUGUUGCAUUUAGAAAAGUUUCCCUUUUUUUUUUUUUUUUUUUUUUUUGUAUGAUUUGUUUACGUUAUGUUCUGCACAUAGACUUUUAUGAUGAAAAUUUUUUAUAUUGUAUAUAGAGAUUUUUAAUCAGACAUUUUUAUUUUAAGGAGUAGUUUCUCCCUCCUUUUUUUUUUUUUCGUCUGCAUGGGUGGUUGUGAUUGUU